AUGCUGCGAGCGCCGGGACUAGGCCUCAAGGCGCGGAAGGGGGCCGAGGGCUCUGCGGAGGACUUGGGGGGCUCCUGCCCCGGGGUCGGGGCAGAUCUGGGGGUGCUGUGGGCGGGCCGCGCUCCCCGCGGCCUGGGCGAGGCGGAGGAGCAGGCGGGCGGGAGGCGCGCGCGGCCCGCGCGGUCAAAGGCGCGGCGCAUGGCGGCCAACGUGCGGGAGCGCAAGCGCAUCCUGGACUACAACGAGGCGUUCAACGCGCUGCGCCGGGCGCUGCGGCACGACCUGGGCGGCAAGAGGCUCUCCAAGAUCGCCACGCUGCGCAGGGCCAUCCACCGCAUCGCCGCGCUCUCCCUCGCCCUGAGCGCCAGCCCCGCGCCCCGCGGGCCCUGCGGACACCUGGAGUGCCACGGCCGGGGCGCGCGCAGGGACCCCGGGGACGCGAGGGACGACUCGGGCGUCAGACCCCCGCCGCCCGCAGGGCCCGGCCUCGAGCGCCCAGACGCCGCUCGCCCCCCGGUGCCGCCCCCGCCCCGCUGCGCCUCGUGCUCCGGGGGAAGCUGGCGCCGAGGUCCGGGGGCUUCCUCUGCCGGGCCGCCUCCCUGGCCGCUCGGCGACCUGCGAGCCAGCCCCGGGAUGGGUCCCCAGCACUCCUGACGCGGCUCGGGACGCCCGCGGGCCUGGAGGGAGGCCGGGCUGGCAGCUGGGCUACAAGAGCGGAGGCUGCAGAGGCGCCUGGACAGAGCGACACGGGACACAGCGACACUGCACCGGCUGAGACCUGGCACGGAGGAGACGACGCCUCUCCAGGGAAAAGGAGCACGGGGGCCUGGGGAGCACCCCAAUCCCAGCCUGGGGAGACGGCUCCAGGAAAGUGUCAGGAUCCCGGACUCAUCUUGGACUGGAACUCGUCCUGGAGAGCAGCCUUUGCACUCCCGUGCCUCGUGGCCCGUCUGCCCUCUCUGCCUUCAGGAGGGUGAGGGAUGGCACAGGUGUGGGAGCCGUGGGGCCCUCUGUGGUCUCAUGGCCAAGGGCCGAGUCCCCUUCCCCUGCCUGCGCCGCUGCCCAAGCCUGAUCCGGGAGAGGCAGUCAGGAGCAGCAGCAAAAUAAAAAGGGAAAACUGUCAUUUCUGC